AUGGAUGGCGCGCGAUCCUCCUCGCGACCGAGGCCCUCAUCUCGCCCCACGACGCCCCUACGACCUAGUUCGCGUUCGUCGCUCCGAGAAGCCCACGGAUACGGCCACAGCAUCAGCAAUGCAGGAUACAACCAGCCCGCCAUCAACGCGCUGGAGCCGCAGUUCGCGGAGCUCGCAGACUCCAUGGCCGAUCUUGAGGCCAACUUCAUGCACUUGCAGCUGAUGCACGAGAGCUUGACGCGGUUUAGCGAAAGUUUUGCCAGUUUCCUCUACGGCCUGAAUAUGAACGCGUUCUGCCUCGAUUUCCCAGAGGCCCCGAUCGCAGACUCGUUCAGGAGAGCCAAGCAAGCAGAGGCACAGAAAGAGGCAGAAAACGAACCGGACCGACCAGACGAUGGCGAGAUGACCUUCCUAUCAAUUGACCGUACCCAGGACCACCGAUACCUCCUUUGUCGAACACCCUCCCAGCACCGUUUCCAAACCGACAUCGAAAUACUCAGCACCUACACGAGGCGCUACUCGGGGCACUACACGAGGCUCGGCAACGAGCCGGUACGCAACACGAGGGACCCGGGGUGCUCGACCGAGUGCACUGCCUCGAGGGCGUGGGAUGCGGUGAAGCGCUGUGUUGACAAACGGUAUCAGCUGAGGUUGCACAUGGCAGACAUGGCAGAAUCAAGCUAG